UCUCUCCGUCCCUGUACCCUUCUGUUCGGCCUCUAGAACAAUAUAUCCGCUCCUAGUAAAAGAUUGACAGCGUGUGUGUGUGCGCGCAUUCGGAAACCGUGCCCGGGAGCCGGUAGACAAAUAUUCCAGCGUUGUCGAGUGACCGUUUCGUCUAGUCCAAAGUCGUUAGUAGUGUACGUUCCCGCAGGGCGCGCGAGACUGUUUCCCACCCAUCCUUUCCCACCGUGCGAUUCGGAAGACGCUUUUUUGGUUCACAUGCCGAUCACCCGCAGCCGACGCAAAGCCGCAAUGGUGGGGGGGAACGACAACGGCACCAGCAACGGUACCGUCCCGGUCGAACGCAGCCAUGUCGAAGCCACUACGUCCGCCGGCUCAUCAACGGUGCCGGUGAACGAGAAAGAAGAUCCCCACCAGGCACACCACAACAGUAGCAACGACCGCAAGCCUACCAUGGAAGAAUACAUGCAAAACUUGUCCCCUUGGGAUGUAUUUAACGUCACCACCAAGCCCUGGGUGCUGGUAGACGAUGGAUCAUUCUACGGCUACUUUGACUGGGUCCCUCGGGAGUUACGAGUCGGACCCUGGAGCCUUUCGGCCUGCGCCUAUUUGUUCGUAUUGGUGUACCUCAUCGCCCUCUCCGGUGUCUAUCUUCUUUACAUUGAACAACGUUCGUGGGCCGAUGCUUGGCGUACGAUACCCGACACGUCUCCACACGGAAUGGGCGGACCGGGCGACAACCCCACGCAGUUUCUGUUGAAAUAUCCCGCCGUCUACUCCACCAAAUGGUGGUACCACACCUUGACGACACUCUGGACGCUGUACGUUGUCAAGCUCAUUUACUAUGGACCAGUUUCCUACAAAGCCUGGGCCACUUACACCGUACAAUCCUGGACAUUACUCACGGUACGGCACCUGCUCUGCACCUUGGCACCCGUGUACGACUGGGCACUCGUUGCCGCCGAAAUGAUACGCUUUCCCGUAGCCUGUUCCGUCACCGUGACCUUUUGCGUUUGGAACUUUGCGUUAGCGCCCUUUUGCUACUUUGUUGGCAUGAAAACACCCACGGAGAAGCGGAAUUUUCUCAAAUUCGUGACGUCCUUUCGUUUGACCCAAAUUCACGUAUUCAAUAUAGUUUUCUGCGUCGCCAACGUGUACUGGGCCAGUCCGCGACGAACCUUGGUAGCGAUGGAUCUGUACGUGGCAAUUCUUUCGGUCCUCGUUUACAUGAUCUGGUAUCUGGGUGUGCUGGAUCGAUUCGGUAUACACCUGUAUCCGGUCUUUUCACCCCGCGCAGGACCGUUGAUUGUCUUUGUGACAUGGAGCGGCGUGCUGGGUAUGUAUUUGGGAACCUUUUUUGUCUGGCGUGCCUUGCUGCAACCAGAUUCACUAUAG